AUGUUGGCGAGCAAACUGCUGGGUGUUGUUGGUAUAUUUUUGAUGGCAGACUAUGCUGCUGUAAACGGGCGGUGUUGGAAGAAGGCCUCCAGCACCGGAGGGAAACCCAUCGGAGGGACACCUACCGGAGGGACACCUACCGAAGGGACAACUACCGGAAGGACCCCUACCGGAGGGACACCUACCGGAGGGACACCUACCGGAGGGACCCCUACCGGAGGAACCCCUACCGGAGGGACACCUACCGGAGGGACACCUACCGAAGGGACAACUACCGAAGGGACAACUACCGGAGGGACACCUACCGGAGCGGCAGCCCUCAGCACCGAAGGGACACCUACCGGAGCGGCAGCCCCAAGCACCGGAGGGACACCUACCGGAGCGGCAGCCCCAAGCACAGAAGGGACACCUACCGGAGCGGCAGCCCCCAGCACCGGAGGGACACCUAGCGGAGCGGCAGCCCCCAGCACCGGAGGGACACCUACCGGAGCGGCAACCCUCAGCACCGAAGGGACACCUACCGGAGCGGCAGCCCCAAGCACCGGAGGGACACCUACCGGAGCGGCAGCCCCCAGCACAGAAGGGACACCUACCGGAGCAGCAGCCCCCAGCACCGGAGGGACACCUACCGGAGCGGCAGCCCCCAGCACCGGAGGGACACCUACCGGAGCGGCAACCCCCAGCACCGAAGGGACAUCUACCGGAGCGGCAGCCCCCAGCACCGAAGGGACACCUACCGGAGCGGCAGCGCCCAGCACCGGAGGGACACCUACCGGAGCACCCAGCACCACACCGCUAUGCCCCCCUACUUGGAGCCAGUGGCAAGACAAAUGCCACAAGGUGCACGCAGACCCACUUACAUUUUGGGCUGGCAGAGAUAAAUGUGUUGAGUUGGGUGGGACAAUGGUUGUCCCUCAAUCUGAUGAGUUACGACACCUCCUCAGCGUGUGCACCUGCGAUCAUUUUUGGAUUGGUUGCACCGACGAGGAAUCUGAAGGUGACUGGUGGUGUAUGGAUGGUGAGAUUACUGACGCGUCGGACAAGAGGUGGAUGGACGGUGCACCAGACAAUGUCGACUCGGGGGAAGAUUGCUGCGAAGGUCAGUUUGGGGGGUGGAAUGACAUGCCGUGUAAUACCGCUAUUACACGCAGGUUGAUCUGUCAGCUCUAG